AUGGCACCAGUCGCUGUAUCUCCUGAAUCCCCGGUGUUUAACACCAAGCGUGACGGACAGGCUCUCGAGGAGCUGUCGGAUGCUAUUGACAAUGUCAAUGUCCUCAAGGACAACAUGAAGAAGGAGAAGGGUCUGUACGAAGAGUCCGAGUUUGACAAGAACAAGGACAAGACCAAGUUCCGUCAGUACGAAGACGCCUGCGACCGGGUCAAGAACUUCUACAAGGAACAGCACACCAAGCAGACCGUGGCCUACAACCUCAAGGCCCGCAACGAGUUCCACUCCAAGACCCGCGCGGAGAUGACCAUCUGGGAGGCGAUGGAGAAGCUCAACACCCUCAUCGACGAGUCCGACCCGGACACCAGCCUCUCUCAGAUCGAGCACCUCCUGCAAUCCGCCGAGGCCAUUCGCCGCGACGGCAAGCCCCGCUGGAUGCAGCUGACCGGUCUCAUCCACGACCUGGGCAAGCUGCUCUACUUCUUCGACGCCCAGGGCCAGUGGGAUGUCGUCGGAGACACCUUCCCCGUCGGCUGUGGUUUCGAUGAGCGCAUCAUCUACGGCCGUGAGUCCUUCAAGGACAACGAGGACUUCGGCCACCCCAUCUACGACACCAAGUUCGGAAUCUACAGCCCCGGCUGCGGCCUCGACAACGUCAUGCUCUCCUGGGGUCACGACGAAUACCUCUACCACGUCGUCAAGGACCAGUCCACUCUCCCGGACGAGGCCCUCGCCAUGAUCCGCUACCACUCGUUCUACCCCUGGCACAAUGCCGGCGCUUACCACGAGCUGAUGAACGACCACGACAAGGAGAUGUUCAAGGCUGUCAAGGCAUUCAACCCAUACGACCUGUACAGCAAGAGCGACGAUGUCCCUAGCCCUGAGGAACUCAAGCCAUACUACCUCGACCUGAUCGACGAAUACUUCCCCAACAAGGUGAUCAAGUGGUAG